AUGCUGCGGAAUAGUCUCCAUAACGGCGCCCGGCGACUUCUUACAACGUCUGCAAACAGGUCGAAAAGGGUAGAUUUGGUAUGCCCAAUCUGCUUCGACUUUGGCUUCACGCAAUCUGCAUUUCGCGGCUCUGUCGAGGAGGAUUCUGCAUCAAAUUCUUCCAAUUCAAGAUCAUCAAGUCCCCAAAAUGAGAAAACCGACAAGGAAAUUGUCAAAGAGACGCCAGAUAGACCUUCAAGAGUGACAGGUUCCGAGAUAUCUCAGAACAUCGCAGUGGGGACCGAAAUGCGAUCUGCUAUGAACAGGUUGACCAGCUCUGAGAUCAUGAGGCAUAAAUUUGACAAGAAUAUCGAAACUAUCUACACUAUGCCUAUUGAUAACGAGAUAGUUGAUACACGGGUUUAUGACAUCCUCAACGGUGAAAAGCCAGAUAUCAAGGAGAGCGGAUAUGAAGAAGCGAAAGCUUUUGUCAGUGCUGAACUCAUCAAGAACAAGUCCAUCCCAUUCAACUACUGGCUUGAGCAGCCUUGCCCUUCACAUCGCGAUACUAAAGGCGACAUUGCGCCCUGUGUAACCUUUAGACGCGGACUUCAUGAUUAUAUGAUGGAAGCUAGCAGUGGAUAUGCAGGCCGUCAGCAGCUGAUGCAAGACUUGGGAUUUGUCAACACGGGCGGAUAUGCAGCGUCUCAGUGUCUGAGAAUUGGGCAUAUGAGUGCCGGAGAGAUACCAACAUGCGUGUGGUCUGUAGAACCCUUUCUCAAAGACGAUAUUCCAUCGCCUUGGAGACAGCCUUGGUAUCCGGACCGUGGAUUAACCAUAUUUGAACGACCGGCCAUUUCUGGAAACACGGCAUCUGAGGAAGCCUUCCAAAAGGCUGCUGGUUGGUUUCGUGAAUGUAACAAUACACACUCAAGUUGCUCGCUUGGGGAGAUCUCAGAAAUGCCUGAACGAGUUGUCGACAUCUUCGCCGAAGAUACCAAGUCUGGUGUCAAAUUGAUCCAUACCAACGGGCAGAAAGCACGAUACGCUUGUCUAAGUCACCGGUGGGGAAAAGAUACUUCCCAAACAACAGGAGAGAACAUCGGUUCCUUAUGCAAAGAGAUUCCAUGGGAUUACCUUUCGCCCACUUAUCAAGACUCGAUAACGUUUCUACGGAAAUUCUCGAAAUGGUAUCAGGAGGAGUAUGGAGAGCCUAUUCGCUACAUAUGGAUCGACAGUUUGUGCAUCAUACAAGAUUCCAAGAAUGAUUGGGCAAAACACUCACUCAAAAUGAGCGACACCUAUUCCAAUUCCCUGAUUACUUUGGUAGAAAGCCACGAGCUAGGUACAGACAAACGGCUAUUCCAAGACGCUUCCUCAAGAGAUGUUUCGAAGCCGGUUUCCAUUAAAGACGCACAAGGCAACGACCACCAGCUACAUUUCCGAAAACCAAUCUUUCAUCCCACUUAUAUGAUCAACGACGGCAAUAUCCCCGUCUGGAAACGAGCAUGGGUGUUCCAGGAACGCCUUCUCUCACACCGUCUUCUCAUUUUCGGACCCGACGAGCUCUCGUGGCAGUGUGCCAGUCACCACAAGUGUGAAUGUGGUCUCGACGAAUCCGAGUCACAGACUGUGAAGCUCAUGAAAGAAUGGGGGGAUGAUGUCCAUGUGCCAGAACGCUCAGCCAGCAGUAGAAGAGACAUGCAGCAACUCCUUGGCGACGAUCCCUCUCACAGCCAGCUUCGUCGCGCAUGGAGACACGUUAUCGAGGCAUAUUCCCAACUCGACUACACAUAUCGCAGCGAUACUUUAUACGCCAUAGCAGGCCUCGCAAAGAGCUUCAACGCAAGACUAGGCGGCAAAAAUUACUUUGCAGGAAUCUGGUACGACGAGUACAAAGAGGGCGAAACUGAAGAUUUCCAGCCACAAGCCGAAACUGCACUGGAUCUGCUAUGGAGACUGACAUACUUUAAAGAUGCCGAGAGAAGUGAUUUGUCAGAACCUGCUGUGCCCAUCUCAUGGAGCUGGGCAUAUCCCGAAUGCGCAGUCACAUACCCAUUUGUAAACGACGAGGUAGUCAACCAAUUCUCGCUCGUGGUUUCCAUCGGCGGCGCUCUGAAUGUUCCAAAAUUACCCGACGAUCACGACCAGCCUCGGGACUGGGUAAAGGACGACAUGUAUGCCGAAGUACCACCUUCCGGGAUGAUCAUCGUCGGGCCAAUUUGGAAGACGAAAAUGACUCCAUCGGCGUUUUCCUUUACGAUUAGCAACACAGAGUAUCCGGAAUACACUUACUACCUGGGAGCCAUGUCAGCAAGUAUACUCCAGGAAAGCUCCGUUGGUCGAGAAAUUGUUCAAAGGAGGAUUCUCCUUAUGCCUCCCAAGGAAGAAGAUGAAAGCGACGAGUCUGCGCUUGAGAAGAUGCCGCCUCUAGUAUUUUAUCCAGAUAGCAUGCAUUAUGCCAUCACCGAGUCGCUUUACUGCCUCCCCAUAGCGACCUUCAAGCGCUUACCAACCAAGAGCACCGUCAAGGAAAAGACGAUGUUUGCGGCUCUGGUGCUCGAAGCCGUGGGACACAAGGCAACUACCGAGGAAUACGAUCCGGAUCUAUCUAAAAAGGAUGUUUCGGAGUUGGUGUUUCGAAGGGUUGGGCUGGCAUAUACGACAGACGGGGGCUGGACUGAUGAGCAUGACGCCCUUUUACAAAAGUGUCCUGUUAAUGCGACGUAUUUAGUACAGUAG